AUGAAGCCUGCAGAGAAUGAACAGAAUCCUUGCAGUGCUGUUUAUCGGCGACCCUACAGGGACAGGGUGAUUCAUUUACUUGCUCUGAGGACUUACAAGAAGCCAGAGUUACUUGCUCACUUGCAGAGAGAUGGAGUCAUGCAAAAGGACAAGGGCACCCUUGCAAAGAUCCUUCAGCAGGUAGCCAAGUGGAAUGCAAAGGAUAAUUCCUUCAGUCUGAAGGAACAUCUGUUUCAAACCCUUCAGACUGAUUGGCCUGGCUACACUGAAGUAGACAGACAGAAGUUGAAGUUAAUACUCUCUAGUGCCGGCUCUGUUUCCCCGUGCACCCAUGUGGUGCAGCAAACAGAGAAAUUUCAGAGUUCCAGCAUCCCAGCACCUGCCACGGAGCAGGAGGAGAUGCCCAGUUCAAGCGGGGAGAAAAAUGAAUUUGGGAGGCUGAAGAAGUGGCAUCACUUGGAUUUCGAUGAAGGAGCAAGAAAAGAUACUUCCAUUGCCACCACAUGCUCUGCAACAGUCAACCAACCAGACUACCUGAAAAAAUACGUAGCCAUUGUGUCCUUGGAGCAACGCCAGCGCUACAAGGAUGAAUUCAAUGCAGAGUAUGAGGAAUACCGGAAUUUACAUUCUCUGAUUGACAAGACCACAAAGAAGUUCAGACAGUUUCAGGAGCAAUGGAAGUCUCUGACUCCAGGCUCUGAAGCCUAUCAGAGGCUGCAUCAUCAAAUCCUAGCAGAUUAUCAGCAGUUACAACAGGGUAGCCCCAGCUACUCUGAAAUGAAGAGCAGGUGCCUGUACCUCCACAAAAAGCUGGCCCAUAUUCAGAGGCGCAUUUCUGAAUUUGACCAGCUGUAA